GCUUAAACCAUCAACCACCUAUUAAAAUCUUGCAGGUUAAUUAUGAAUUCAGAAAUUAAAGUCAUGAUAACAACUAGAGAAACCCUUAAACCAUCAUCUCCAACUCCUCAAACCCUAAAAAACUUCAAGCUUUCCCUCCUAGACCAGCUUUCUCCUGCAGCCUAUGUUCCUAUGAUCAUCUACUACGCACCAAAUUGUUCUGAUCCUGACGGACUCCAAACCCGUCACCUUUUAAAAAAAUCUCUAUCAAAAAUGUUAACCAAAUUCUAUCCAUUAGCAGGAACACUGAAAGAUAAUCAUUACAUGGACUGCAACGAUCACGGCGUUGAUUUCUUCGAAGCCAAAGUGAACUGUCCACUUUCAGACAUUCUCAGGAAACCUGAAACAGAUGUACUGAAUCAGUUUUUACCUUCUGUUUCAUCUGAAAUGGAGUUCCAAGUAGCUAUUCAAGUAAACACUUUUAUCUGCGGAGGAAUUGCGAUUGGUACGAAUAUAUCUCACAAGCUUGUCGAUGGUAUCACAUUCACUUCCUUCAUGAACGUAUGGGCUUCAAUGGCUCGAGGCUCUGAUGAUUAUUCGCCACCCAUUUUCGUCGGACCGGAUUUCUUUCCUCCAAAAGAUUUGUCCGGGUUGUUUAAUCAGGUUCUUGAUAUACCAAAAGCCAAAAACAUAACUAAGAGAUUCGUGUUUGAGCUUUCAAAAAUUGCUGCAUUAAGAGAAAGAAUAUACGGUAGUUCAUGUCCUAAUCCCCCGAGUCGCGUUGAAAUACUGUCUGCAUUAAUCUGGAAAUGGGCUAUGGAAGUAAAAUCAUCAUUGAACAGAAACAGCCCAUCUUACCUGACACAGACUGUGAAUUUACGUCCGAGGAUGAAUCCGCCGUUACCAGAUUCUGCAGCAGGAAAUUUUCUUUGGCUGGCAAUUGCAAAAGAGCCAAUAAAUUUUCUUGGCCUACAUGAUUUGGUGCAUGAGGUGCAAAAAUCUUUGAAGAAAUUGGAUAAUGAGUAUGUGAAGAAAAUACAAGGAGAGGAUGGGCUAUUAGUAUUAGGAGAGACUCUUGAUGAAAUAGGAGAACUUGUUUUAAAAGAUGCAGACAUAUACAGAUUCACUAGUCUAAGGAAAUUUGAGCUUUAUGAAGCAGAUUUUGGGUGGGGAAAGCCAGUUUGGGUGAGCAGUGCAGAAUUGGCAUUCAAGAAUGUGAUUAUGCUGAUUGAAACAAAAUAAGGUGAUAAAAUUGAAGCUUGGGUUACAUUAGAAGAACAAGAAAUGGCAAUUUUUGAGAAGAACAAAGAGCUUGUUUCAUUUGAAUCCACUACUUUUCACCUUAAUUCACAUCUUUGAGCUCCACAUAUAUCCUCAACAUAUUUAUGUUUUGGGUGUUAAUAAAUUUGUUAAAA